AUGAGUUUAUCUGCAGAGAGAAAACCACACGCAGUGUUUACCCCAUAUCCAAUCCAAGGCCAUAUCAACCCGUUGUUCAGACUGGCAAAGCUGCUUCAUCUGAGAGGCUUUCACAUAACCUUUGUUCACACUGAAUACAAUCACAAACGCUUGAUCCACUCAAGUGGUCCUGAAGCCCUUCAUGAUGGCCUUGCAGACUUUCAUUUUCAGACCAUCCCAGAUGGUAUUCCCUCCACAGAUGCUGAUGCACCUCGAGAUUUGUUGGCCAUUGAUAAAUCAGUGAAGGAGAACUUGCUCCUACCCUUUCGUGAUCUUCUUGCUAGACUUCAUGAUUCUGCCACUGCUGGUCUUGUGCCUCCAGUUACUUGCUUGAUUUCUGAUGCUGCUUUGACUUUUACCAUAGAAGUUGCUCAAGAACUUGCACUCCCUAUUGUUCUAUUUCCUCCUGCCAGUGCUUGUUCCUUGUUGUCUAUUUUGCACUGUCUUACUCUUCUUGAUAAAGGUCUUCUACCCCUCAAAGAUGAGAGUUAUUUGACUAAUGGGUACUUGCACGAAAAAGUGGAUUCGAUUCCAGGUAUGAAAAACUUUAUACUGAAGGACCUGCAUGACUUUACAAAGGUAACAGAUCAAAAUGCUUUGGUAGAAUUUCUAAAUGUAACUGCAGAAAAUGUGAAAAGAGCCUCUGCUAUUGUUUUAAAUACUUUUGAUGAACUUGAGAGUGAUGUAUUGAAUGCUCUCUCUUCAAUGUUCCCUGCUCUGUACUCCAUUGGCCCUUUCGCUUCAUUUUUAAACCAAAGUCCACAGAACCACUUCACAACUUUAGGUUCCAGUCUAUGGAAGGAAGAAACCGAGUGUCUUGAGUGGCUUGAAUCUAAGGAACCAAAGUCUGUUGUUUAUGUGAAUUUUGGAAGCAUCACAGUUAUGUCACCAGAGAAACUUUUGGAGUUUGCUUGGGGUUUGGCCAACAGCAACAGACCCUUUCUAUGGAUCAUUAGGCCUGACCUUGUCGUUGGUGGCUCAGUGAUUUUGUCAUCUGAGUUUGUCAAUGAGACAUCAGACAGAGGCCUAAUUGUAAGCUGGUGUCCACAAGAGCAAGUGCUGAACCACCCUUCAAUUGGUGGAUUCUUGACUCAUUGUGGAUGGAACUCAACAAUUGAAAGCAUUUGUGCAGGUGUGCCAAUGUUGUGUUGGCCAUUUUUUGCUGAUCAGCCAAGAAACUGUAGAAAUAUUUGCGAUGACUGGGGCAUUGGGAUUAAAAUUGACACCAAUGUGAAGAGAGAGGAGGUGGAGAAACAGGUCAACGAAUUGAUAAGGGGAGAGAAAGGAAAGGAGAUGAGGCAGAAGGCCAUGGAGUUGAAGAAGAAGGCAGAGGAGGCCAGUAAACCCGGUGGUUCUUCAUACAUGAACUUGGAUAAAGUGAUUGAGGAGGUGUUUCUCAAAACAAAGUUAGAUUAA